AUGGUAAUUCUUUUCCGUCGUCAACAAAGAGAUCCAGGGGAAUGCGGGUUUUGGGAUGGGUUAGAAUGGAUCUGGAGUCUCCAGUGGAGGAGAGAAUUAUUUCAGUGGGAGCUGGAGCUUCUAAACCAACUCCAUGAGGUGAUGCAGGAAGCAGCUCCCCCGGAGGAUAUUACUAGCUAUAGCUUUACUAGUGCUAUUUGGAAGGGAUUCGCUCCGCCAAGGGUUGAGCUAUUUUCGUGGUUUGUUUUGGUUGAGAGGGUGAACACUAAAGAGAGACUAUGCAAACUAGGUGUCAUUGACCAGCAUGAUAAUUUAUGUGUUCUAUGUUGUAAGUCUGUUGAGUCUGCUGCUCAUCUUUUUAUUAGCUGUGAGAUCACUUGGCAGGUGUGGUGUGCAUGGCUAUUCGCCCUUGGCAGGAUAUGGACUAUGCCGGGUACACUAAAACAACACUUUGAGAGCUGGACGAAUGCUUCGUCUAGGAAGAAUGAGCGGAGGCGGUGGCUGAUUGGGUUCUUUGCUGUUAUCUGGGCAGUUUGGCUAGAAAGGAAUGGUAGAGUCUUCAACAAUAAAGGCUCAGGGGUGAUGGAAAUAAUAAACAGAUCCUUUAUGCUCUCCGACGAGUGGCUUGGUGGUGAAUCUCUUGGUUGUUGA